UCCUUCCACCAUUCAAACACUUGCAGAAACCAAUUACAUUCACAUAAACACGUACCCUUUAUCUCUCUCUGGAAUUCACCUUUUGUUUCUUGAUUUUAUAUGGGCAAAGCUGGAUGGGGAUUAACCCUGGAUACUUCUGAGCCUCUUGAAUUGUUAUCUCCACGUUGGAAUUUUCCGGUGAAGCCUGCCAUGUUUUCCGGCGUGUCUCCGAAGAUGACCGAUGAGAAGAAUUCUAAUCGGAAAGUCUUGAGUGAGGUCGACUUCUUCUCUACGUCCAAGUCAAAUGAUGAUCAGAUUGUUGUCAAGAAAGAGAAUAUUUCUCAUGCGACUGAAUUAGAUGUAAACACAGGUUUGCAUCUGCAUACGACUAAUAGUGAUCAAUCAUCUGUGGAUGAUGGAGUUUCAUCAUCCGGUGAUGAUAAACAAGCUAAGAACAAGUUAACAAUAUUACAAGUUGAGCUAGAGAAAAUGAACACGGAGAAUCAAAGGUUAAGAGGGAUGUUAUCACAAGUUAGCAAUAACUACACGGCUUUGCAAAUGCAUAUCGCAAACGAAAUACAAAAACAACAAAAUUCAUCAAAACAAAUCGUUCUUCAAGAUCAAAAACCAGUUCCUCAACAACUCAAUCAUUUACCUCCAACUUCUCAUGAUUCUUCAUCAUCAGAAGAAAGAACUCAAUCAGGCUCCACUUUGAACGCAAUCGAAUUAUCAAAAAAUGGAAAGAGAACAGGUCGAGAGAACACCCCAGAUUCAGACACUUGGGUUUCUAACAAGAUCCCUAAAUUGAACACCACCAAGAACAUCGAGCAAGCUAAUGACCCCACCAUGCGAAAAGCUCGUGUAUCCGUACGAGCUCGAUCAGAAGCACCUAUGAUCACCGAUGGUUGUCAAUGGAGAAAGUACGGACAAAAAAUGGCGAAAGGGAACCCAUGUCCACGUGCAUACUAUCGUUGCACAAUGGCGGUUGGUUGUCCGGUGAGAAAGCAAGUUCAAAGAUGUGUUGACGAUCAGACGAUUUUAAUAACCACCUAUGAAGGCACCCACAACCACCCUCUACCACCAGCAGCGUUGGCCAUGGCCUCCACCACAUCGGCGGCAGCUAGCAUGUUACUUUCCGGUUCAAUAUCUAGUGCCGAUGGUUUGAUGAAUCAAAAUGUGUUAGCUCGAUCGAUUCUACCAAAUGCAUCAAGUAUAGCGACCAUAUCUGCAUCUGCACCAUUUCCAACCAUUACUUUAGACCUAACACAUAACCCGAAUCAAUACCAAAGAAUUAAUAAUUCGAAUCAAUUUCAAGUUCCACACCAUAUGUCAUCGCAAAAUUUCCAACCAGGAAUGGCAAUUCCGUUACAAUCGAUCCCUGGAAAUGGUGAUGUUGGGGUUUAUAACCAAUCAAGAUUCUCUGGUCUUCAGUUAUCGCAUGAUAUGGAGUCUAAUCAACUACGAGCUCACCAUGUGACACCACCACAAUUCAAGGGACAAGUGAACACAUCGUUUAGUGAUUCUCUUAGUGCUGCUACUGCAGCCAUCACCGCCGAUCCAAACUUCACGGCUGCUCUAGCGGCGGCAAUCUCCUCUAUCAUGAGUGGUGGCAAUACCACUACCACCACUACUACAUCGCACACCACCACCAACAAUCACAAGGAUAGCAAUCACUAUGGGAAUUGAACAUUGCAUAGUUGAAAAAAAAUUCUUUUCUUCUUUUAGUUACAAUUUUUUCGGGAUAUGUACAAGUACUUAUUAAUGUUAAUUACCCUUUUUUAUGAUUUUGUAAUAACGUACUUGUUUUACUUUUUCCACGUAAAAACAUUAAUAUUUAUCGUUUA